UGGCGCUGAAAGGAUUAGCUGAAGAAACAAUGGAGGUGCUCGAGGAAGGCAAUUUAAUGGACCGUGUGCCCAUUUUGCUGCAGCGCGAUUUGGAGUUUUAUCAGACGCAUCAACGAGUCCUACAGGAGCCCAUUUGUCCAGGCGUUGUGGGCGGCAAACUGGACUUUCCACGCUAUGCAUCGUUUGCCUCAAUUAAAUUGAUCCGUUGGUGGGAGGACGAAUACUUUGCAUCGUAUCGAAAGCACUCGGGUCUACUGCAUACCGAGAAGGAGCUCAACGAGGGCGAUUUUGGCAGCGUCACAGUGAAAACCUCGGAUCCGGAUAAGUUUGUCAGUCUGGUGACCAAGUCAGCGGAUUUGCUCUUGGAGCACAUACAUCGUCUCUCCCAGGAGUCGCUGGAUCAUGCAGAUCUCUCGGUGCUUACGGCUACUAUUGGAGCUGCUGCACUCGUGAAGAAUUCGCUGAGUGUUUACAUGCAGGCGGCCACCACAACGAUUUGUCCUCCGAAAGGAGAUGAGAAAGGAGGCGCUUUGAAGCUUAGCUUCAAGCAGUAUUCUCAGAUGUCGGAGGCGUUGGCUGAACGUCUUCUGGAUCUGCAUUGUCGCCUGCUGUUGCUGUACAUCAUUCAAGAUGCUGACUGUCUGCACUGGGAGGACACAGAACCCUUCUUUGAAUCGGAACGUGGCUCGUACACGGUGCAAAUGUGGUGGCAUUAUAUGCGUGGCACCAAAGCUGAUCUUUGGAAUUCGGUGCCUCCGAAAAUGGCACAAAAGAUCUUUGCUGGCAUGUUGAAUGAGACGCUGAGUGUGCUCACUGUGCGCUACACUCAAAUCGUUACCAGUGUGGCCAGAGCUCAGCUGCAUCUAGUGGACAUCUGCAACAUGCUGCUGUGCAUCGCCGAAUUACUGCCUCAUAUCUGUGAGAGCGGUGAGGCCUAUGUGGGUCUCCAGCUGAGCAACCAGAGCGUCAUCGUAAGAGACAUCCAUGCGAAGUGUAGGGAACUCUUCUACUGCCUUCUGCUGCGGGGAGCGCCCUUGGGGGUGCUCUCCAAGGUCUUUCGCAAAGGUUUGGACAACAUGGAAAUGUUUAGCUCGCGGCAUGGAUUGCCAAGUGCUUGGAUUAUUUUCGCCUUGCCGCGCUAUUUUCCAAAAGAGCAAUCAUGCCAGUGGGUCACUGAGUUCGCAGAUCUAACCACUAACACAGCCAUCUCACUGGAUCUACGAGUGCUGUUGGCCUUUCCCGAAGCACAUUGGUCCUAUCUUCUGAAGAUACUGCUGAUGAGGGAUGCUUAUCUAACUGGGAUUAUCAUGCGUCAUUUGAUGCGCCACUUACCAUCUUCAGAGAACUUUAAGAAUGUGGCAAAGCAUUCGUUCACAAGCGCCGAAGGAGCUCCACUAAAGUGUGAAGCAUUUUUGUGUCGUGGCGAAUGCUUCAACGUCACUGAGUCCAUAGCAGCUGAUAUAGAUCCCGUGGGACAGUCGAAUUAUCAGAUAGUGCUAUCUUUAACAUAUUUAGUUGUGGCUGUGGGCAAGGCCGUUGACAUCAAGUCUUGCCUGAUCAAAACGCUGGAAGAGCACGCCGUCAGUGGCUGGAGCGAUUGCCUGGACAAGCGUCAGGUGUGGAAUCAAAAGCGUACUCCUUGGCUGGAGGCAAUCAUGCAUUUUGUUUACCCUGUGUUGGACUGUGUUGUGGAGAUGCUGAUUAAUGCCGUGGAAAAUGGCGCCAGCAUGUAUCAGGCCAUGUCCUUGGCAUUGACUUGUGUCUCCGAGAUAUGGGAUUGUAUGCCUGAAGGACUCUACAAGAUAACAGCACUGUUGCAGGACAUUAUACCUGUCUCAACGCGUCCGCUAGGCGACUCGGUGUUGCUGCAAGUUGUAUUUGCAGCACUCUACACGGAGCUCAUAAAGACGGCCGAGUUGCAGGAGCAGGCCAAAAACGAGGACAAGGCUGCUGUCUGCUACUCGCUGUCGGAGGCCAUUUGCUCCAUAGACGAGGACGACAAGCACACGGACCAGAUCGAGUUGUUCCUCAAGCAGGCCAAGGAGAGCAUCAACCUGGACACGGAUUUCGGUGGCAGCUGCACUCGCGGAGCCGGUGGCAUGAGUGCCGUGAGCACAGUUAAAAUCGAUGACCUCGCGCUGACCAACGCCGAAUCAGAGCGACUAAGUCACAGUCCACCGGCCAACUAUGCCAUGGAACUAGAUGUGGGCAUUGCCGAUUAUAUAGCCGAGGUGCUGGCCAGUGAUGUGUUAACCACCAACAUUGGCAAGCAGGCACUGAAAGUGCUCUACAAUUAUCUUAAGUUCAACAAGGAUUGGCUGCUGGAGCAACUCGGAACGGGUGACAAUGAGCCGAGUCCUUUUCAAGGAGUGCUGGGCCAAAAUAUCAAGGAGGCCAAGACAUCGGUGCUGAAGUCAAUGUUCUUCAUUGGGCAUACACCAUUCGAUCAGCUGCUGACGGGUUCGCUGAAGAUCGACUAUGUGAGCUGGCUGCAAAUGCCGCUUUCGUUGAAUCCCGAGCGCACUUGGUUGCAUUUGACGCGUCGCUGUGACUUUCAGGAGGAUGCAAAAUUGGCGCUACCCGAGGUGGCGAUGGUGGCGGGCAUUAGUAAGAUUAUGAAGCGUCGCAAGGAGUUUGCCAAAUGAGGCGCCCUUUGGCAUCAUUAGCAUUGCGCAUACGCCGCGUUGCCGCCGUCCCACAUUAAAGAUGUCAUUAAUGGCGCAUAAUGCAAAUGUAUAAUAAGCUUCUUCUCCGUUGUCGUAGACCCAAAUGAGAGAUGUGCAAAAGAUGUAGACAAACCUGAAGCAGGCUAAAAAAAUAUUUACU